AUGAGCGAGCCAAAAAGUGACAACAAACACCUGAAGGGUCAAGUCAAAAGCCUGAAAAGCCAAAGAAAACAUAGAUACUCCAAAGACAAGAAACUCAACUCCAAAUUACAAAGGAUAGAAAACCAAUACAAGGAUGCAUUAAAAUCUGCUGCAGGUACCGAUUAUCUUUUACAAGAGGAGACAGGGUUUUUGGAAGCAGAAGGCCCUAUGGAAAGAACUUUCAAAUUCAAGCAAGAUGAAAUAACAAAGGCAGUGGAUGCAAACACUGCAAAUAAAAAAUUUGAACUUAAACUUCCCGAAUUUGGUCCAUAUCUGAUUGAUUUUUCAAGAAAUGGUCGUGAACUUCUUCUUGGAGGAAAAAAGGGACACGUUGCGUCUAUUGAUUGGAAGUCUGGUUUAUUGGGAUGUGAAUUGCACCUUAAUGAGACAGUUAAUGCCGUGAAGUGUUUGCACAAUGAUCAAUACUUUGCCGUAGCACAAAAGAAAUACACUUUUAUCUAUGACAAGGAAGGUACAGAACUUCAUCGACUCAAGCAGCAUGUGGAGGCUACCCUAUUGGACUUUUUGCCGUAUCAUUUUCUUUUAGUGACAGCUGGACACACAGGUUUCCUAAAAUACCAUGAUGUUUCCACAGGUGAGUUGGUUAGUGAGAUAAGAACAAAACUUGGUCCCACUUUAGCAAUGAAACAUAAUCCAUACAAUGCUGUUAUUCACCUGGGCCAUGGAAAUGGUCAAGUAACAUUGUGGUCUCCAAAUGCACCUGAACCGUUAGUCAAAAUACAAUCUGCUCGUGGCCCAAUUCGAGAUUUGGCCAUUGAUAGAGAGGGUAAAUAUAUGGCAGUCAGCGGAGCCGACAAGACGUUGAAAAUAUGGGAUGUACGAACUUUCAAAGAAGUGGAUCAAUAUUACACACAAACGCCGGCUACAUCAUUAGAUAUUUCCGACACCGGAUUACUCUCUGUCGGUUGGGGUUCACAUGUAACUAUAUGGAAAAACAUUUUUAAAACAUCACAUCAGGCUGAUCCAUAUAUGAACCAUUUGAUCCCUGGAUCGAAAGUGGACAAGGUCAAGUUUGUUCCAUUCGAAGAUAUUCUAGGCAUUGGUCACCAGCAAGGGUAUGACUCAAUUAUAGUUCCAGGUGCUGGUGAAGCCAAUUAUGAUGCAUUAGAAUUGAACCCAUUUGAAACUACUAAACAAAGACAGGAACAAGAAGUCAGGUCUUUGCUUAAUAAACUUCCCGCUGAUUCUAUUGCGUUGGACCCAAACACUAUUGGAACUAUUGAUAAAAGAGCAAAAUCAAUAAAAUUGAAACCUGGAGAGAUUAAUGAAUUGGGUGAUUUUGCUAAUGAUGCAUCAGACAAGAUGGCUAUAAAACCGGAUGUCAAGGGUAAAAAUUCUGCUUUGAGAAAACAUUUGAGGAGAAAGAGAGAAAAUGUCAUUGAUCAAAGAAAGAUGAGGAUUGAAAAGAAUUUGAGAAAUGAAAAGGAGGCAAGGUUGAGACGUUUGAAGAUGCUACAAGGGGAAGAAGAGGAAAAGGAUGUUUUAGACUCUGCAUUAGCUAGGUUUAAGUAA